AUGGCGCUCUCCAAGCUUUCCUUCGCAGCCUUGAUGCUGCCACUCUUGGGCGCAGUCGAGGCUAGCCCUACCGCUCGUUCUAUUACGCAUUCCACCCUCGUCACCAGGGAAGACCUCCUGCCCGAGUACGACUAUGUCAUUGUCGGAGGUGGAACUUCCGGUUUGACGGUGGCAGACAGGCUGACCGAGAACGGAAAGCAUACUGUUCUCGUCCUUGAGCGAGGCCUUCUCCAAAACUCCAGCUCAGUGACGACUGUCGCGGGAGGUAUCAGCGCCUUUCUCGACCCGACCCUUCUCUUCAACUUCACGUCUGCUCCCCAACAGGGCCUCAACAACCGCAGCAUCGCUGUCAUCAACGGUAGGCUGCUUGGCGGCAGCUCCGGCGUGAAUGGCAUGCAGGUCCUGCGCGGGCAGCGAGAAGACUACGACCGCUGGGGUUCCUAUUUUGGUAAGAACUCGGAGUGGAGCUGGGACGGCCUGUUGCCGUAUUUCCGCAAGGCAUGGCACUUCCACCCGCCGACGCCCGAGCUCGUCCGCCAAUUCGGCAUCAAGUACGACCCGGGCUACUGGGGCAGCACUUCAAACGUGCACGCCUCAUUCCCGACCUUUUCCUGGCCAGCCCUGAAAUUGGAAAUGGCGGCGUUUGGCGACAUCCCCGGAGUCAAGUACCCCUCGGACUCGGGGGCCGGCGAGACGGGUGCGUACUGGCAUCCGUCAUCCGUCGACCCGGCUACUGUCCUCCGGUCUUUUGCUAGACCGGGCCACUGGGACGGCAUUGGAGCGGCGCGCCCCAACUACCACACCCUGACCGGGCAGAGGGUGCUCAAGGUCGCGUUCCAUGGCAAGCGGGCGACGGGCGUCGUCUUUGUGCCGUUCGAUGCCACAGACCAGAGCCAGGCGCGGACUGUCAAGGCCAAGAAGGAGAUCAUCAUGGCGGCUGGCACGCACCACACACCGCAGAUUCUUCAGGCGAGCGGUGUUGGCCCCAAGAAACUUCUCGCAGAAGCGGGCGUGCCUCUCGUCGUGGAUUUGCCUGGCGUGGGUAGCAAUUUCCAAGACCAGCCCUUCAACAUUGUUCCGCAAUUCAACUACUCAUCCUUCCCUUUCCACCCCGACUCCUCCGACCUGUAUACAAACCAGACGUUCAUCGCCGAGGCGGCAGCACAGUUCGCCGCCAACCGAACCGGGCCCUUGUCGAUUGCCUCCGGCAACUGCGCCAGCUGGCUGCCCCUGCAAGUCAUUGCCCCCCAGGCUUGGAAGGACAUCGCCGCGCGGUACGAAGCCCAGGACCCCGCGGCGUAUCUCCCCAGCGGCUCCGACAAGGCCGUCGUGGCCGGCUAUCGAGCCCAACAAAAAGCGCUAGCUCGAUCAAUGCGCAGUAAGGACUCGGCGACGUACAACCUCCACUUGGGCGGCGGCUACUCCAACGGGGCGGCCGUGUACCUCCACCCCGUCAGCCGCGGCACCGUGCACAUCGACCGCGCGGAUCCCUUCUUCUCGCCGCCCGAGGUCGACUACCGCGCGCUCAGCAACCCGACUGACGUCGAGGUGCUGCUCGAGUUUACUCCCUUUACGAGGAGAUACUUCACCGAGACGCGACUCAAGAGUCUCAACCCGGUCGAGCUGACGGGGCCCGGCGCCAACGCGACGCGGGACCAGGUGGAGGCGUGGCUGCGCGGUGUCCUGAUCCCGUCGUCGUUCCACCCAGUUGGCACGGCCGCCAUGAUGCCCAGGCAGCUCGGCGGUGUCGUCGACGAGAAGCUGCUGGUGUACGGCGUCAAGGGGCUGAGUGUGGUCGACGCGAGCGUGAUGCCGGAUCUGCCGGGGUCGUACACGCAGCAGACGGUGUAUGCUGUUGCCGAGAAGGCUGCAGAUCUCAUUAAGGCGAGGGCAUAG